GAUCCAUAAAUCAACAAAAAUUCAAUAGGUUAUGUUUAAUGUUUAUAAAAUUUGAUAAAAUCCAAUGAAAAAUUAAUUAGCUUUAAAAAUGAUACACAGUUUAUUUAUAAUUAACUCACAGGGUGAUGUUUUCCUAGAGAAACAUUGGAGAAGUGUGAUCUCCCGUUCUGUUUGUGAUUACUACUUAGAAGCCCAGCGUGAGAAUGCGAAAGAUAUCAAUCCUGUGAUUGCAACUCCACAUCACUACUUAAUUUCCAUCCAACGAGCCGGAGUGAGUUAUGUUGCUGUGUGUAUGGAAGAAAUUCAACCUCUUUUUGUUAUUGAAUUCCUACAUCGCAUUGUCGAUACAUUUCAAGAUUACUUCUCAGACUGUACAGAGUCAAUCAUAAAAGAAAAUUAUGUAAUUGUUUAUGAGCUUUUAGAUGAAAUGCUUGAUAAUGGUUUUCCUUUGGCAACUGAGAGCAAUAUUUUAAAAGAACUUAUCAAACCCCCAAAUAUUUUGCGUACUAUAGCCAACACAGUAACAGGAAAAACAAAUGUAAGUGAGGUUCUUCCUUCAGGACAACUGUCGAAUAUUCCAUGGAGACGAUCUGGAGUGAAAUACAAUAAUAAUGAGGCAUAUUUUGAUGUUAUUGAGGAGGUAGAUGCAAUAAUCGACAAAUCUGGGGCCACUGUGUUUGCAGAAAUACAGGGUUAUAUUGACUGUUGUAUUAAGUUAAGCGGUAUGCCUGAUUUAACUCUAUCAUUCAUGAACCCCAGACUAUUUGAUGAUGUCAGUUUUCAUCCUUGUGUGAGAUUCAAACGAUGGGAAGCUGAAAGGGUAUUGUCAUUUAUUCCACCAGAUGGAAAUUUUCGAUUGAUAUCUUACCAUAUUAACACACAAAGUGUGGUAGCAAUUCCUAUUUAUGUCAGGCACAAUCUGUCAAUAAAAACUGGUGAGCAAGCCAGACUGGAUUUGACAGUUGGGCCUAAACAGACAUUAGGAAGAACUGUAGAAAGUGUUAAAUUAGAAGUAUUGAUGCCAAAAUGUAUUCUUAAUUGUAUUUUAACUGCCAACCAAGGCAAAUACAAUUUUGAUCCAGUGUCAAAGAUAUUGCAUUGGGAGAUUGGCAAGAUCGAUGUGACUAAGUUGCCUAAUAUAAGGGGAACUGUGACAAUUGCGAGCGGUACAAAUACGGCAGAGAUAAAUCCAUCUAUAAAUGUCCAUUUUACAAUAAGCCAACUGGCUGUGAGCGGCUUAAAAGUCAACAGACUGGACAUGUACGGGGAAAAGUACAAACCAUUUAAGGGAGUGAAGUACAUUACCAAAGCUGGCCGUUUCCAAAUUCGGAUGUAGAAUAAAUUGUAAGCUUUAACUGAGUUAUUCUUUACUUUUUAAUAUAUCGUCGGUUUCUCGGAAAUCU